CUGCCUGUUUGUGUACUUUCAGUUCCAAAUGAGAUGUGUGGCUGACCAGUGAGGUCGGAACUCUGGUGUUCAUAACGCUGAGGUUCUGCUAUACUAAUGUUACAUACUGAUUCUAGCAGCAUGUAUUAGUGGACUUGUAAGUUAAAAAUCUGUAUGGAGAUAUAUCCAGGGUGAAGUGCUUCAGUCUCUUUUCGUUUCUCAUCUUGUGCUACACUGAGGGGAAUGAGGUUAGUGUUAAAGAACACUUUAGGCUCAAGUCUUUGCCUUUCAGUUGUUAGUGUCAUAAUUGCUAAUCUCUGGAUGACAAAGAUGAACAGACACAAUUGAAGUCUCUGUUAGCAAUGAUUCUGACUGGAGUGAUGAUGACAAUAGCAUUGAAAACAUCUUAUUUGCAGGAUCAUCAAACUAAUCAAUGUUUUUGUUGUCUUCAAUAGACAGUUUCAUUUGAUGGAUCAUCUGAUAUUAAAGAAUCCAAGAAACUACUUUCUGCACUUUGAGCUGAGCACAUAUCCUAUCUUAUCCUGGCGCAAUGCAAGCAAACGAGUUUGACUCAUCUGAUGAAGAGCCUAUUCAAGAUGAUCAGACACCAUUUCAGAUAUCAUGGUUAGCCCUGUCGGCUGUCUAUUGUUCUCAGUUUCUGGGAGUAUGUUCUCUGCCAGGUUGUAGGUUCAAGGAUGUUAGAAGAAAUCUUCAGAAAGAUAUAGAAGAAUUAAAGGGGUAUGGGACACAGGAUAUAUUUGUGCUCUGUACCAGAGGAGAACUCUCAAAGUAUCGGGUGCCAAACCUACUAAACUCCUACCAGCAGCAUGGGAUUAUUGUGCAUCACCAUCCUAUUCUUGAUGGAGACACUCCUGACAUCGCCAACUGCUGUACCAUUCUGGAAGAACUAAGGGGCUGUCUGGAAAACAACCGGAAAACGUUAAUACACUGUUACGGAGGAUUUGGACGCUCAUGUCUCAUAGCUGCAUGUCUUUUGCUUCAAUUAUCUGAUGCAAUGGAACCCCAAGAGGCAAUAGAGAGCCUCCGAGACUUAAGAGGAUCUGGGGCAAUACAGACAAUAAAGCAAUACAACUAUCUCCAUGACUUUCGAGAGAACCUGGCUGCACAUCUGUCAACAAAAGAUGCAAUAUUAAGAUCAGUAUCACGAUAAACUAAUAUUGGCAUUAUGGUAUAUCUGUUGUGUACAUAUGGUAUUAUGGCUGAGUACAAGUUCUACGUAAAAAGACAUCUCUCUCCUACAUGACCUUUAAUACCACUUUAUUAGUCACUGCUUCUGGCAAAGUAUUAUCCUAACACCCCAUCUCUCUACUGUAAAUAGAUACAAGACUGGUGCUGGAAAGGGUCUUGUAAGCUCUAGUAAUAUCCUGCAUUUCAAACUUCCAAGGACUAAUUUCUAAGUUCAUUCUCUACAAGUAUUUCCACACAUGAAGGGAGAAAUGUUAUGCUGGUGUCCCCUCCAUUUCUAAUGGGCUUGUUUUAGUACAGUAACUUCAGCAGUUCACUGCUGAUGUAUUAAUUCCCUUCAUCAAGUAUGUCCUUAGCAGUAUACAAGUUUCAACACUCUGAACUAGUAUUUUGGUUUUUAAAUUUUGGCCUUUUCUGUAUGUUGCAUUUUAUGUAUUUACUGAAUGGAGGUAUUACAGGGGAUGUCAAAUAAGAAAUAAAACAA